GAGGCAGGUGCCCGACAUGGCGAGUGCUGUGCUGCCGAGCGGACCCCAGUGUGCGGCGGCGGCGGCGGCGGCGGCGGCGGCGGGGCCUCCCGGGCUCCGGCUCCGGCUUCUGCUGUUGCUCCUCUCUGCCGCGGCACUGAUCCCCACAGGCGAUGGACAGAAUUUGUUUACGAAAGACGUGACAGUGAUUGAAGGAGAAGUUGCAACCAUCAGCUGCCAAGUCAAUAAGAGUGACGACUCUGUUAUUCAACUACUGAAUCCCAACAGACAGACCAUUUAUUUCAGGGACUUCCGGCCUCUGAAGGACAGCAGGUUCCAGCUGCUGAAUUUUUCGAGCAGUGAACUGAAAGUGUCGCUGACAAAUGUCUCCAUUUCUGAUGAAGGAAGAUACUUCUGCCAGCUCUACACUGACCCCCCGCAGGAAAGUUACACCACAAUCACAGUUCUGGUCCCACCACGUAAUCUGAUGAUCGAUAUCCAGAAAGACACUGCGGUGGAAGGCGAGGAAAUUGAAGUCAACUGCACCGCCAUGGCCAGCAAACCAGCCACGACCAUCCGGUGGUUCAAAGGGAACAAGGAGCUCAAAGGCAAAUCAGAGGUGGAGGAGUGGUCAGACAUGUACACUGUGACAAGUCAACUGAUGCUGAAGGUGCACAAGGAGGAUGACGGGGUUCCCGUGAUUUGUCAGGUGGAGCACCCUGCUGUCACCGGAAACUUGCAGACCCAGCGGUACCUGGAAGUACAGUAUAAGCCUCAAGUGCAUAUUCAGAUGACUUACCCUCUACAAGGCCUAACCCGGGAAGGGGACGCGCUUGAGUUAACAUGUGAAGCCAUCGGGAAGCCCCAGCCUGUGAUGGUGACUUGGGUGAGAGUUGAUGAUGAAAUGCCUCAACAUGCCGUGCUGUCGGGGCCCAACCUGUUCAUCAAUAACCUAAACAAAACAGAUAAUGGUACAUACCGCUGUGAGGCUUCCAACAUAGUGGGGAAAGCUCAUUCGGAUUAUAUGCUGUAUGUAUACGAUCCCCCCACAACUAUCCCUCCUCCCACAACAACCUCCACCACCACCACCACCACCACCACCAUCCUCACCAUCAUCACAGACACCACGGCGACGACAGAACCAGCAGUUCACGAUUCUCGAGCAGGUGAAGAAGGCGCGAUCAGGGCGGUGGACCACGCCGUGAUUGGCGGCGUCGUGGCUGUGGUGGUGUUUGCCAUGCUGUGUUUGCUCAUCAUUCUGGGGCGCUAUUUUGCCAGACAUAAAGGUACAUACUUCACUCAUGAAGCCAAAGGAGCCGAUGACGCAGCAGACGCAGACACAGCUAUAAUCAAUGCAGAAGGAGGACAGAACAACUCUGAAGAAAAGAAAGAGUACUUCAUCUAGAUCAGCCCUUUUGUUUCAAUGAGGUGUCCAACUGGCCCUAUUUAGAUGAUAAAGAGACAGUGAUAUUGGAACUUGCGAGAAAUUCGUGUGUUUUUUUAUGAAUGGGUGGAAAGGUGUGAGACUGGGAAGGCUUGGGAUUUGCUGUGUAAAAAAAAAAAACGAAAAGAAAUGUUCUUUGAAAAGUACACUCUGCUGUUUGACACCUCUUUUUCUGAUUGUUUGGUUUUUCAAUUUUUAUUUCUUCCUACCAAGUCAAACUUGGACGCUUGGAUUUAGUUUGGAUAGAUUGCAGAAAAUUCUGUGCCUUGUUUUUCGUUUGUUGGUUGUGUUCCUUUUUUUCUUUUCCCUCCCUCCUUUGUGCGAAUUUAUUUUUCCCAACAAAUUUUUGGAUUUUUUUUUUUUUCCCCCAAAAUCUCCCAUUUUGGAAUUUGCCUGCUGGGAUUCCUUAGAACCUUUUGACCCUCCUUAGUUUGUUAUUGUUUUUCCUUUCCUCUGUUUAUUUUUGAAGCUUUCUGUUCAAAAUUCAGUUUCAUAAAAGGAGAACCAGCACAGUUUAGAUUUCAUAGUUCAGAAUUUAGUGUAUCCAUAAUGCAUUCUUCUCUGUUGUCGUAAAGAUUUGGGUGAACAAACCAUGAGAACUCUUUGCUGCUGCCCAUGUUUCAAAUACUUUAGAGCAGUGAAGACUAGAAACUUAGACUGUGAUUCAGAAACUGUUCUGUUUGCUGUGGAACUACAUUACUGUACAGGGUUAUCUGCAAGUGAGGUGUGUCACAAUGAGAUUGAAACUGUCUUUAAUUCUGUAUCUGUAGACGGCUCAGUAUAGAUAAUACCCCACGCUGUCCAGAAAGGUUUGGGGCAGAAAGGGCUCCUCCUUUUUCAGUGCCCUAAACAGACCUGACAGGUGAGGUCUGUUCCUUUUAUAUAAGUGGAUGAAUUUGAGUUGCCACAGGAGGGGAAGUAGGGAGGGGGGAAAGACAGUUCUGCUCUGGUUAUUUCUGUUCCAAAUGAUUCCAUCCACCUUUCCCAAUCGGCCUUACUUCUCACUAAUUUGUAGGAAAAAGCAAGUCCAUGUGGUGUGCGAAUGACUGAAUGGGACAGGUUUUUGGUUUGUUUUUUUUUUUCUUUGUCUUUUUCUUUUUUUCCUUUGUGCUUAGUUAGGAAGGCAGUGGGAUGUGGCCUGCAUGUACUGUAUAUUACAGAUAUUUGUCAUGCUGGGAUUUCCAACUCGAAUCCGUGUGAAACUUUCAUUCCUUACGAUUUGGCUUGACAAAGGCAGGAGGUACAAAAGAAGGGUCGGUAUUGUUCUCAGACCGGUCCGCCGUCCAUCUCAGUUCUCGAAAGGUCAGAGCAGAGGUGGAAAAGCAGCAUGAAGGGGUUUUUCAGUUACUUAAUCAAAACUCAGAUGUGAGUGUUUUUAUCUUUUUACCUUUCAUACACUAGCCUUGGCCUCUUUCCUCAGCCUUAAGAACCAUCUGCCAAAAAAUUACUGAUCCUCGCAUGAUGGCAGCCAUAGUGCAUAGCUACUAAAAUAAGUUACCUUGAACAUAUCUUAGAUGGGGAGCCUUGGGAAAAGGAAGAGGAGUCCAGUUACCAUUGACGUUUUUUAAAGAAAUGGGAUUUUCAUUGAAACGUCUAGGAAAUCUAGAAGUAGUCCUGACGGACGAAAACUAAACUCUUACCAUAUGCUUUGGUAAGGCUCCAGACUCCAGAAUACAGUCCCUAUGGAAAGAUGGCAUCAAAAAAAAAAAAAAAAAAAAAAGAUAGAUCUAUAUAUAUAUAAAUAUAUAUUAUAUAACAUUUUCAGUGAGUAAUUUUGGAUUUUGCAAGGUGCAUUUUUACUAUUGUUACAUUAUGUGGAAAACUUACGCUGAUUUAUUUAAGGGGAAAAAGUGUCAACUCUUUGUUAUUUGAAAGCGUGUUUAUUUUUCUUGUUUUUAUUUUAACCUUUGAUAGAACCAUUGCAAUAUGGGGGCCUUUUGGGAAUGGACUGGUACGUAAAAGAAAAUCCAUAUCGAGCAGCAUUUUGUUUUCCCCUCUCCUAUCCCUAGGCACUUAACCAAGACAAAAAGCCACAAUGAACAUCCCUUUUUCAAUGAAUUUUAUAAUGUGCAGCUCUAUUCCGAGCCCUUAGCACCCAUUCCGACCAUAGUAUAAUCGUAUCAAAGGGUGAGAACCAUUUAGCAUGUCGUUGAAAGGUUUUUUUCCAGCUGUUCUUUUUAGGAAAAAAACAAAAACAACAACAAAAAAAAAAAAAGAAAAAAAAACCCUACCAUUGCUCAUCGAAUUGGCAUCUCAUUUUUGGGGACCUCCCAUCUUUCUGUUCUGACAAGUGUACAGUAGUGCAGUGCUCCGAUGUGACUCUAUGGCUUAAAAUGUCGACAUGUCUCAGGUUCAUGUGUUUUGAUUGGUGUUUUCCGUCUCAGGUAGAUUGCAAAGUGUAGGCCCCACGCAUUGGAAAAAUAAUAAUAAUAAUAAUAAUAAAACAAAGCAAAAACAGGAAAUUAUGGAUUUUAGUUGUAUAUUGGUUUAUGUAUUUUUUUCUUAAGUAUACAGUGCACUGUUUGAAAUGUAUUGUUGAGUAUUACUUUGUACAGGUUGAUCACUUUUUUUAGAGUGAAGAAAGAACAAACUUGUUUUUUGUGUUUUUUAAAGGAAUAUAAAAUAAUGAAGGAUGUAUAAUUGAUGCCAAAUAAGCUUGUUCUUUAGUCACACCGACGUCUGACUUUUCCCUUUAGGCCAGUUCUGUUUUUAAGGUGUACAUGAACGAUGUUACGGUGUAAGAAAUUCCAUAUCCAUAUGUUCCAUUCGCAUUUUGUAUUGGUUCAUGUAUACCAUUUUUACAAAAAAAAAAGAAAAAAAAAGAAGUACUAUAAAAUAUCUGUCUUCUUAAUAAAAAAAAAUUAAUGUUACAAAGUGA